AUGGCGGAAAGUUUUGGUUUGAUGUUUGAACUGUUCGAAGAAGUCCUUGCCGAUGACCUUGAACAACAACAGGUUCUUUUAGGAGCCGAUGACGAAGCAGUUUUAUUCCUUUUGGCGGCCGGACAGCUCGUCCGAAAAGAACACGUUCGCACAAAGAAUUUUUACGAAAUAACCGUACCUAGUUACAUACCGGAGGACUUCCGAAGUCACUUCCGCAUGUCACGGCAUACAGUUACAGUUCUCGAACAUUUGCUUUCGGUCCACGGCGACUUACCUCAAUACACCGGCGAUAGAGGAAGACCACCGGUCGAGUUAAGAAAGCAAAUCCUUAUUACGCUGUGGAUUCUUGGGAAUCCAGAAUGUUUACGCUCUGUUGCCGAUCGAUUUGAUGUUUGCAGGGCAACUGCGUACAGAGUCUACAGACGAGUUUGCAAAGCAAUAGUGAGGAACUUAAUGGAUGAGUUUAUCAAGUUUCCAACUGGUCUAAAAGCCCAAGCGGUGAUGGAGGCCUUUGAAGAGAAAAAAAGGGUUUUCCGGGUGUUUUGGGGGCUAUUGAUGGCACCCACAUACCAAUCAAAGCACCACAUAACAAUCAUGAACAAUACAUAA